UUCCGUUCGGCCUGUUGAAGCGCAGGAUGAAGUCAGCUUCGAAAAGUCGCAACAAAGACACAAAAGAUGUAGAGCCAGAAGAUGAUAUGGAUGACUUGAACGAGAAACCAAUUAGGCGACAGAAAACAAAGAAGAAAAUGUUGCUCCAGAAAUGUACUGAUAAGAAAGUGGUGGUCAAAGUGAAUGAGUUUGGUGUUCUUGCUGGUGAGGGCUGGACUGAACUGGUCAGUUACAUUGGGGUGUUGUUGAGAGACUAUGUAUCGAUAAUGUUUGAUGAUUGGAGAGCAGUUCCAGAGAAAAUCACAGACGGCAUUUGGGGGAAUAUUCUGAAAUUGUUUGACUUGCCUCCGAAUUCAAGGAAACAUGUCUACAGUGCAAUGGGAGUUGCGCUCAGAAAUUUCAGAAGCACGCUUCGCACGAAGUUCAUCUGGAAGUUCAAGAAUAAUCGCGAGAAGUUACGCUAUCCUCCAGAAAAGUAUAAGCAGAUCACUACCGAUGAAUGGAGAAUGUUUGUUAAAAAGACAUUCAAAGAAGAAUUUCAGGCAAAAAGCAAAAAAAGGAGAGAGAAUCGGAAGAAGAAUAUAUAUAACCACCGACUGGGAUCCACAGGUUAUGCGGGGUUAAUUAAGAAGAAGAAAAAAGAACUUGGAAGUAAUGCGAUAGUCAUCGAUCGAUCAGACACAUGGCUGUGGGGAAGGGAAAAAAAGGGAGGCGGAUACGAUGAUAGUGUGAUUGAAGUGGCUAAUGAAAUCAAGGAGCUGAAGAACAAAGUUGCUGAAGGGACAUUUACGCCAAUUGAAGACAAAGAUGUUCUUGCAGUUGCUCUUCAGAAAAAGCCCAAUGGUAGCAGAAUACAGGGUGUAGGGCACUCCGUAACCCCAACAACGUACUUCCACAGGCCAAGUGCUGCGAUAACUGAGAAGGGGAAAGAAAAUAAAAUAUGUGAUAAAAGAUACGAAAUGAUGUUGGACAAGUUUGAUGAAAUGAAAACUUGUAUGUCGAAUGGUUUUAGUGAAAUUGGCAGUUGUAGUAUUGCCAAUAAGUCUAAAAAGAGAAAGUCUGGUGGAGAGGUGGAUCAGCCCAUUUGUACUCCUAGAAGAUCUCCUAGACUGAAGUCAAAGCAGACUAAUGAGGAUGAACAACUUGAGGAAGGGAAUGAAGGAAACAAAGAUAGUACUACGGCGAUGAGGAAAUCAAGGAAAUCAAGGUUUACUCCUCGGAAAAGGUUGUUUGAAACUGUACCUAUAAUAUCGCCUCGGCGUGUACAAACAGAGACUUCACCAGACAUGUCUGACGAG